CAGAACAGACGGCAGCUGCACAAGUUAAGUUUACAUGAAUCUGACUCCAAGCAGAGGUCCUUACUGAUCCAAAGUUGGUUUUUAGGCAACAAAAAAUUCUGUUACCAGCCGACUCUAUCAAGCAUAUAAAGCACUGAAUCGUUUGAGUAUCAAAUAUAGCAGAUACCAAAGGUGUUAUCCAUCUUCUUUUGGUCCUUUUUUUUUGAAAGUCCUUUAAAGCCCCCAGCAAAGGUUAGCCAGACAGCAAUAUCAGAAGAAAUGGCAUGGCAAUUUGAACAGGGAAGGAGAUUGACUCCAGGGAUCUCAAGGACCUACUGUUAUGUGAGUUCUGUCAUCGAUUUCAGGAAAGAAAUGAAGGGUGAAACUGUUCUUUGGUGUUCUUUGCUUGGAAUUCCUGCAGUUCUGCUUGUGUUGUUACUUCACCCGAGAACCAGGAAGAAGAUACUGACAGCAAUCUUUGGAGAUGAUGACGAGAAAGAAAGGCUGAUCCGUGCUAGUCAGAUUGUCUAUAACUCCUUACACACCUGUGUGACUGUUACAAACAAAGCAACCAGAAUUGUGAAUGAGCACCUGAAUGAAAACUUCAGAGAGAUUGUCCUUGAUGAAUCUAAGGGAAUUAAAGACAACUGUGAAAAAGUUAUCAUUGCAAUAGCAAAGAUACAUGAAAUCACAUCAGGCAUAGACAAACACAUUCGAAAAAAUAUUAAUCAACAGUCAUAUGAAAAGCUUAGCUUGGAAGGGAUUUCUUUAAAAGAAAAGUCCAUGAUUGCAAAAGAUUUUAGUGAGGUCACUAUGGGAAUUUAUGGCUCACCAUGUAGUUCGAUCAUUGCAGUUUUAUUUUCAAAAGCUGAUCUGACCAGUGCAGUUGCUACCAUUACCUCAAUAUGGGAAGUAUCUCCAAUUAUGUCACUGAGAGUUUCUGAUCUGCAGCGAAGCAGUAAAGAGAUUGUAAUGUUUCUGUUUGGGAACAAUUCAAAUACAAAUGUUAGUAAGGCUGUCAAUCACAUGCAGACUGUAGCAGAAUUGUUGAAAACCAUCAGUGUCACUUAUGAAACAGUUGUUCUGCAAGCACAAGUUUAUGUUACUCUAAUUACUGGAGAUCCCAGAAAGAAUUAUUGAGACAAAUUAUUUUGGUAGGGCGUGAUGGGUAAUUCAUAGUUUAGUCAUAGCAGUGGUGGCGGUACAGCUUGGUACUGAAGGUGGAGCACAAACAAAUGAAAGGCAUGUCUAUUUUAAGUUUUGAAAUAUGUUGGAUUUCUGAAGGAGAUUAUUUUAAUUUUGUAUGAACUUUUAGUGGCAAUUAAAUAUGGUGGCCUUUUAGAUAUACUUGGCAGCCCCUUUGAUUUUUGCUUAUGUGUAGCUACUGAACCCACUGAGGGGAUGUAGCUUUUGUAUUUUCCACUGUGCAACAUUAAUUAUUCCUAAGUCUGAGGCAGAAUAUUUAUAACUGAAAUGACUACACAGAGUGCUGAUAUGAAAAUAUAGGUGUAAAUAUGGGGGCACAUGCAUGCACUCAAAAUAAAUAAUUUCUUCUUAUUUUAA